ACUCUACAUAUGUGUCUAUGUCUGUAUUUACAGUUGAUUAUAGCAGCAGUUCUUACAUGACAUGGCUUUGUGUAUUGUGUACUUAAGUACCUUAAUUUCAUCAGUUUAUAGUGUCUUAAGUAACCCUUAAGGCUCUGUGUACUUCUUUUUUAACUUUGUUGUUAUGUGGGUUUUUGUUGUGUGUUUGAUUGAAGGUCUUUUUGUAUUCUAACUUGCCUUACUCAUUGUGGUUGAUAUGGAUUAUUGUUUUUCUAUAUGAGGUUUAUGUAUGUUAUAAGUCGAUUUCUUGUUUAAUUUUUCCAAGUAUUGAUUAAUUGACGCGGGGUUUUUGAGUUCUGACUGAGGAUGCAAUAUAUAGCUUGUCAUAUCUUUCUUUUAUCAAUGGACAUUACUGGAUUGGAUAUAAUAUCGAUUUGUAAUAAGAAAUAUAAUUUGCCAAUAUCAUUCUUGUCCAAGUAGAAUUGUUAGAAUAUAAUAUGAUCAUGAUAAACCCUUCUCCUAACACAUCGAGGUUUUAGGAGAAUUGGUCACUUAACAGGAUCAUCUUAUAUUCUAACAAGAACAAUAACUUAAAAGAAUAUCUUUGAGACUGAGGGGGUAAUUUAUUUUUAUAUUGAACAUACUUUAGAAUUGUUAACUUCAUAUGAGAAUUACAGGAUUUCAAUGUUAAGCAUGCUGUGACACGUAUAUUUUACACCCUCCAAAUUGUAUGCCUGCAAUUGAAAUUGCUGCCGGGGACUAUCUAAAUGUAGUGCACACUGUUUUUUUCCAGGAUAAAGGUCUAGCAUUGCCCAAGUUUGGUGAAUGGGAUGUCAACGACCCAACAUCAGCUGAUGGAUUCACAGUGAUCUUUGAAAAAGCGAGGGAUGAGAAAAGAACAGGCGGAAAGACUGACUCACCACCACAAGAUGGCUCAAAAUUCGAACAUAAAACAAUGCUUGGGAAGCCUCAGCCUAAAAAGUGGUUUUGCUGUGUGCAAUCUGCAUCUGCAGAAUCUUGACGUUGGCUGUGAGAUUUGCUCAAUCUUGCUUACCGCAUAAUGUAUUCAAGAAGACUGGAGCUCCAGUGAAGCUGUGAUGGGUCAUCCUGGAGAUCAUUUUGUUGAAAUUUAGCCAACGUUGUAGGCUUGAUCUAGAUAAUUAUAUGGUGAUGGUUUGCUCUUGAAAUUGGUUUUGGUUGUUUUCUUUAAUGGCUUCCCUCGUUGUUGGCUGUUAACAGUGUGUAUGCAAAUAAGUGGUUCGACCCGGUCUUGUUUA